AAUCUUUGAGUCAUGGAAGAGAAUUCGCAUUUUUCCCAUAAAAUUUACAAAAAUGAUCCUUUAUUAUUUAAGAGUUACGUUGGUAAAGAAGUGAACAUUUCAACUGAAGAUAAUAACACGAUUUCUGGUAUUGUUUAUACGGUUGAUCCAGUAUCAGAAAGUAUUGUACUUCUACAAGGCUGCCAACAAAAUAAUUUAAAAAUUGUAUUUGGCCAUGCGAUAAAAAAUAUAGAGAUCUCUCCAAACCAAUUAUGUGAAUUACCACAAUUGUUUAUGAACGCGCCAACAAAUAUUCUUCGAUCAACAGUAGAGAAGCGAAAAAGUGCUGUAAUAAAAUUAUUGCAAGAAAAUAGAUUCCCCGUAAAAGAACAGAACGAUAUUUUAACAAUAGAAAAUGUACUUUCAAUAAAACCACCGUAUGAACCCGCCGAUUGCAUUUGCGAUAAUAGCAUUAUCUUGGGAAGAAUUCAAAAUCUUCUUUCCCGUAUACAAAUUUGAUGUACCGACGUUUUCUAACAAUAUUCUACUUCUUCUUUAAUUAAUUAAUGAAAUAAUAGUAUUAUAUUAAUAAGAACAAUACAAAUUGUAUUUAAAAAAUUGCUUUAUUUUUUUUAAUUUGAAUUAUAUUUCUUUUUUUACCAUAAAAUAUUUUAUUUUUCGCACGUAUCAUAUCAUCUAAAAUAAAGUUUCGCUUAAUAUACAUAAAUCAAUCGCAGAUGAAAGUGUUUCAUUUACAAUUGAAUUCAAUUUUAAUAUAGAUACAUAAUAUUAAUUUCAUUUCUUCCGUUGCUUUAAAUGUAUACCAUUAAGUUGCAUUCUUUUCAAUUUAAAUAUAAAACAUAGUUUUAAAUAUAAAUUAGAUCGAAACGACAAUUUCUUAGAAAUUAUUUGCAAUUAUGGUAAAACGAAAUAUAUGUUGUUGCUUUUUAAAAAGUAUAUAAUUCAGUUAAUGCUCUAAAUACAAAAAUGAUAUUAAAAAGUUUGUGCAGCUAUUCUCAUAAUGUGCAAUUCUUUACAAAAUCAAAUACUUAGUCAUAAGAUAUUAUAUCAUUCUAAAAAUAAAAAAAAAUAUAUGAAAUUAUCACUUCUGAAAACGUGCGCCUUUUGCAGAAAAUAAAGUAUAAAAUGCUUUAUUUUCUUUUUUGGACAUGACGCUCGCCUUAAAAGAAGAAAUGCAGACUGGAAAUAAAGCUAUAAAACUAUUUAAAACGUUAUUAAAAAAAAUAAAUUUUUAAUCGUAGUAUCGUAGUAUAAAUUUGUAUAAUAUUUAA